AUGUUUGUGAACUGGAUUUUAGACUUUUGUUUGAGCAUGACGUGGCCAAAAAUGGAAUCUACAAUGAGUGCAUCAGGGGGUCUCUAUUUCUAUGGCGCUUUCAAUAUCGUUCUCUGGAUUUUAACGUUCCUAUGUAUUCCAGAGACAAUGCGAUUUACAUUGGAACAACUUGACGAAAUAUUCAAAGUUGGUAUUUCGAAUCAUAUUAAGAAAGUUUUACGCAGGCCGGUUUGCAAUUAG